GCUUCCUAGAGCGGCCCGGAAGUGCCUGGCUGAAAGCAGCGGAGCGUCGAUUGGUCGGUCAGUCUUUGUUCGGGCCGCCCCAAAGGACGCUAGCUGUCGCACCUGUUCCUCCUGGCGUGAGGUUUUUCUCUGAGACAAGAUUCUGAGAGAUUCCCCUUGACUCAGCCCCAGAUAGAGGAUUAAUCUCCUGAAAAACAGCCCAGAAUGACCACAUUUCUGGAACUUGAAGAACAAAAAGGACUUCUAAUAGUUAAAGCAGAAGACCACUACAGGGGACAGGACUCCAUCUCACAAAAGUCCAGUCCUCACAGAAGGGAACUCUUCAGGCAGCACUUCAGGAAGCUCUGCUAUCAGGACGCACCUGGACCCCGUGAAGCUCUUACCCAGCUCUGGGACCUUUGCCGCCAGUGGCUGAGGCCAGAAUGCCACACAAAAGAGCAGAUUUUAGACCUGCUGGUGCUUGAACAAUUCCUAAGCAUUCUCCCCAGGGACCUGCAAGCAUGGGUGCAGGCACACCAUCCAGAGACUGGAGAGGAGGCAGUGACUGUGCUGGAGGAUCUGGAGAGAGAGCUUGAUGAACCUGGAAAGCAGGUUCCAGGCAAUUCAGAAAGACAGGAUGCACUUUUGGACAAGUUGGCUCCCUUGAGAAGGCCACAUGAGUCAUUGACUAUCCAGCUUCAUCCCAAGAAGACCUGGCAGGAGCAGAAAUCUGGGGAGGCCCAAAGAAAUGGGAACCAAGAGUGAGAAAAGAGCAGAAGUAAGGAAACCAGUCAAGAGCCUACUGUAGUAACCCAGAUGAGAGAAGGCAGUGGCACCGACCAAAGUGGACAUGAAGAGAAAUAAACAGAUUCAAGGUAUAUUUUGGAGAGAACGCCAGAACAAUUUGCUAAAAGAAAAGACUGGUAUAGACCCCUAAAUUCUCACACAAAAAGAUGUUUAAUACUGGGUUAAACAUUUGAAAUUCCAUUUUUGUACAGUCAAAUAUCAUCAAUUUCAAAUGAUUUAACUUGGUAGAAACAAAAUAAGAACAGAGAAGAAUCUAGAGAGAAAUGGAAUAGGAAAAGGGACUCUGAAGGGCCUAAUUGUGAAAUGAAAAUCUGUAUACUUUCCUCCUUAAAACUCUCUGUGGAAGGUACCCUUUGUUAAGCUCUUUGUCUAGACAGAAACUGCCAACAAACCUGAUUCAGAACACCACUAUAAUAACAUGUCUCAGUACAGACUUUCUUCUGGAUUGCAUAUUUCCUAAACUGGUAAAAUCAGGUUAUCAAUGAAAGGCAGUAGAGCAGAGGUUAAGAGCAGACCUGGGUAUGAAUCCUUGCUUUUCCUGUUUCUAAUUAUAUGACCUUGGCAUAUCCAUUUUCUGUGCCUCACAUCCCCCAUCUGUAAAACAGUGGUAACAUGGUGUCUACCUCAAAAAGUAGGAAUUACAGAAGGGACCAAAUGUUUUGGGUUUAAAACAGUGCCUGCACAUAGUAAAUACUGUUAGCAUUAGACUAGGCCAAUAGUGCUGUUAAGUCUUUUUGUUCAUCAAAAUGCAUCAUGUUCAGCAUUUCUUCCCCUCAAAGCUGCUUAAAUUAGUUGAGUGGUAUUUCGUCUUCAUGAAUUCACUGCAGCAACUGUUGCUGUUGUGUAUGUGUUUUCCCGUAAUGCUAACAAUUACCCUAAUUCUGAACUGCUCGUUAAAUACCUAACCCCAGUCCCAGCCCGGACGGGCCCACCCGACGGAGAACACCAUCCGCGCCGCCCUCACAUGGGCACUCACCCGCCAGCCCUCGUCUCCCGGCGCUUUCCAGCCCCUGGCGCUGGGCCGAGCUCACAGCGCCGUUUACCCGGCCGCAAAGGCCGGCCCGGGAGCUCUGGAACCGUUAGCUACCGGAAGUGGCCGAGACGCGCGAGAGCGCGAGGCAAGGGGCCGGUCUUUCCCGGAUCCAGAAGCACUGAGGUUGGCGCCUGGGAAGGAACUCAGGACCCCAGGUGGAGGAGGCGGAGAACCGUUUGAGGGAUCCGAGAACUCCGUCAUUUAAGUGGGUUCUUGGGAGAGAAAGGAAGUAGGUCAUCUUUCCAACAUGAACUUGAAAUAAGUCAUGUUCUUCUAUACCGUCCUCUCUCUCAUUUUCGCUGUUUUACACACCUCAUUUUUGGAUUCCUAGAGAAGGCUUUCUGAUUAAAGUGAAAUCUGAGCCAGACCUUGAAGGAUGGACAGUUUAGAUAAGUGCAGAGUAGUAGGAAGUGUACUUCUAGCAGAAGGGUCAGUAUGAGCAAAAGUGUGAUACUGAGUGAAAUAGCAGAUAGGAGAAUCAAGCCACCUUCUAUUAAGUCAGACAUUAAAGAGAUUUGCAGAAAUGUGAAAUGAUUCCACCCCUUUUACUUUUUUUGAAAAUACAGAUAAACUUCAUAAAAUAUUAAAGUAACAUAAAAUGUUACCUAACAUGUAAUGGGUACCUUACUAUUAUUUUAAAGAAAAACUUUUAAUUCCUCAGUUUUAAUUUCGAACACAGCAAAUCUUGUUGGAUAUGACCCAUGUAAACAAACUCUUUGGAGUCCUCACUAGUUUUUAAGAAUAUAAAAGGAGUCAUGAGAACAAAAUAUUUGAGAAUAUGCUAUUCCAUAUACUAUAUGAAGUGAUGCUUCUGAAACUAAAAUGUAGAGCAACUAUGGAAAAUGCAGGAAUACCUUGAGGCCCUAGGUGUGGGAAAUGUUUGGAGUCUUAUUAGAAACAUGUCAUCUGCUUAUACAAGCAGGGAAAGUAUGAAUGACCAGAGUCUUAUUUUUUUGUGUUUUGGUGGGUCUUUCAUUGCUGUUGGACCUAGUGACUCAGGAAGUUUAAAAUAUGUUCUAAACCCUGGUGUGGCUAAUUCUAGUAGUGAUUUAAAAGGGUUAAAAGUUUAUUUUUCACAGUAAGAAGUCAAUAAGUAAUAUAUCUAUACUUGAAAAAUUCAAGAAAUGUUAGUGUUAACAUGUUAUUUUUAAAUGUGGAGGUUAGUAAAAAAGUAAGGAGUUAAAGUGGUUGCCUCUGAGGAAUAGAUAUUGAUAACAAAAGGGAAGAGUGAGGCCUGGUGUUUAUCACACCAUAAGCCUCAGAGUACUAUUAAUUUUAUUUACUUUUUAAAAAUGUCUUUUUAUUAGUAAAAUGCACAAAUCAGAUGUGCAACUCAAUGAAUUUUUAUAAUAUGUGCAACCAUGUAACUACAACUCCAACCCAUAGUAAACUUUUAUCUUCUGUCACCACAGAUAUUAUGAAUCUUGAUAUUAAUUUUACUUAAACAAAUGCUCACACAAGGCUACUUUUAUUCAACGUAAUAGGUAGGAAGUUAGACAUGAGCAACUGGAGGGGUGGCCUGGCUGAAAGGGAUGCAAUCUGAUCUCUAAACUCCAUCCCAGACACACCCAGGAAAGCUCACAGAUAGGCUACAAAAUAACCACAGAGACAUUUCAACUCCUACACAUGGACCCUAGGCACACAGUGGAUACAAAAUGACCAGUGACUUCCCCAAGUAACCUUAGGCUAUUAGGAGCCUAUUAAGGAUUCAUGAAUAUUCUGCAUCUAAUUAUAACAAAAUUAUGGGAAGACAUAAACAAUACAACUUGCUGUCAUAUAACAUAACUCAGCCUUGAGUUAUAAUAUAACUCAGCCUUGAGUAUAUGCCCAUUUGCAUUCCCUUUCAUUUAUUGGUGGUGAGUGCAAGCCCUACUUCGCACUAGGUAUAACCAAAAGAAGGAAACUGGAAGUAUAAAAUGGGGAAGCCAAGAGAGCUCAAAAGGAAAGACGAGGAGGAUUGGACUAAUGGAAGAUCUAUCUGUCUUUGUUGUUCUACUUUUUUUGGUCCAUUGCUCCAGAAAAAGAAAUAAACCAACAUAACAAAUUUUUUUAGAUUUAUUCAUGUUGUUCAUCUAUCAGUGCCAUACUUAGUUACUGAGUUGUGUCUGACUCUUUGUGACCCCAUGGGCUAUAGCCCACCAGGCUCCUCUGUCCGUGGGGAUUGUCCAGACAAGAUUACUGGAAUGGGUUGCUAUGCCCUCCUCCAGGGGAUCUUCCCAACCCAGGGACUGAACCCAGGUCUCCCACAUUGCAGGCAGAUUCUUUACCAUCUGAGCCCUCAGGAAAGCCUUAUCUAUCAGUAGCUGCUUUUAGUUUCUGACUGUAUGAUCAGUUUAGUUUCUGUUGUAUGAUCAUAACAGUAUUUGAUUUUCUCUUCUCCUUUUGAUGAACUAAUUUGGGCCUAUUAUGAAUAAUUACGAAUUAUGAAUAAAGCUGCUAUGGACUUAACGGUUUUAUGUCUUAGGUAAAAAUACCUAGGGGUGAAAUUACUGGGCUAUAAUGUAGGCAUUAUUUAAUUUUAUUAAAAAUUGCUACUUUUCAAACUAGUUGUACCAUUUUACACUCUAGCAGUAUAUAAGAGUUCAGUUGCUUCAUGUCCUCACUUCAGUUCAGUUCAGUUGCUUAGUCAUGUCUGACUUUUUGCGACCCCAUGGACUGCAGCAUGCCAGGCCUCCCUGUCCACCACCAACUCCCGGAGUUUACUCAAACUCAUGUCCAUUGAGUCGGUGAUGCCAUCCAACCAUCUCAUCCUCUGUUGUCCCCUUCUCCUACCUUCAAUCUUUCUUCAGGGUCUUUUCCAAUGAGUCAGUUCUUCACAUCAGGUGGCCAAAGUAUUGGAGUUUCAGCUUCAGCAUCAGUCCUUCCAAUGAAUAUUCAGGACUGAUUUCCUUUAGGAUGGACUGGUUGGAUCUCCUUGCUCUCCUAUAUCCUUUCUAGCACUCAGUAUUGUCCGUCAUUUUCAUUUUAGCCAUUCUAAUGGAUGUGUGAUGGUCUUAAUUUUAUAUUCCCUUGAUGAAUAAUGAUUUUUAGUACCUUUUCAUGAACUUAUUGAUAAUUCAUAUAUCUUCUUUGGUAAAGUGUGUGUCCAUAACUUUUGCCUAUUUACGUUUGUUUUCUUAUGAUUGAGCUGUAAGAGUUCUUUAUAUAUUCUGGAUACCAGUUGUCAGAAAUAUGUAUUGAAAAAAUAUUUUCCAUUCUAAAUGGAAUAUUUCCAUCCUAAGUAUUUUCCAUUCCAUUUUUCAUUUCUUAAAUGGUGCUUUUUGCUGAGCAGAAAAUUUAAAUUUUGAUGAAGUCAAAUUUAGCAAUUUUAUCUGUUAUUAGUGCCUUAUGAGAAAUCUUUGCUUAGGUUACACUGUUUCAUUUCUACUACCUAUGUGUACAACUUUGAUUUUAAAAACUUGUUUUUUAAUGUAAAAAUGAAACAGCAUAGUUCUAGUCUGUUGACAGUUAUUUUCAGUUUUCAUCUCUGGUGGGAAGCAAAAACUGUGAAAUAACAAAAGUAUUUUGAAAGAGUUGAAACACUGUAACUUCUGUGUUUAUUGUUAUUUGUUUUAUUGUGAUGAUUAGCUGACAAAACUCUUACAAGCAAAUCAAUACUACUAAGGCUUAGUCCUGAGGACAGACAUUUUUAGGUUAAGGUUGGGGACUGGAUAGAAACAUUGGUGGUGGUGGCUAUCAGCAGGAUCAGAUAAGGAGGGAAAAUUAAGACGAAGAUUGGAGGGAUACCUGAAAACCUAUCAUAAAUGGAUAGUUAGAAAAAAUGUUAAAGGAAUAAAAAUGGGGGACCAAAACAG